AUGGAGUCUCAACCAACAGCCAAGGCAUUGCAUAACCGCAUCAACACUGACAUCUCGCAACUGCUGCAGCGGUUCGAGAACAUUAUGGCGACAGCAACUGUCCAGAAUCCUAGCUACACAUCCACCGCGGUGGAAACAUACCAACUUGAUGUGGAGUCAACGGCUUUGAUCCGGGCCGCAGAAGACAUCCUCGCAUUAACAAGGACAAUGAAAGAAACCUGGCUAUUCGGCAAACUUGAUACCCUUGGCGAGGACGAGCGGGAUGUCGAACGCCGAGAGAAGCUUGAAGGUGAUGUACUCGCUGUGCAGAAGGCUAUUGAACAGGGUAGCUUGUCAAAGCUGUCUCCGGAGAACUAA